AUUUUUUUUUAUUGAUAUUGACUGCGUACAAUAGCACUGCAAAUUGAUACAUACGUACAAUUUUAAUAUACACGUCCAUUUGCUUAAUAAUAAUAGUAUGACAUAAAAUUUCGAUAUGUGGCCCGAUCCCACUAAUCUCUCAAAAGGAAAGCCACGAUAUUUAGGAGGAACGCCGUCCAAUUUAGCUUCUUGUUAUUGGUCUUUGGCUUGUGGAAGUAUAAUUAUUGCUGGAUAUACUCUAAUAUCAUAUACUUCAUGGUUACAAAAGAAAAUUGUUGCAUGCAAAGAAUCUACCGACGAAUUUCAGGCAAAUAUUGAUGUUCGUGCCUUCAUGAAUAAUCCUGUUGUAAAAUUAGCUCUUGCACGGAGGCGUAAAGAAUACGAGAACAAUUAAUUCUAUAAAUUAAAAGAAAAUGCAAUACGAUAAACGAAAAACCACUAAAAUUAAGUCAAAAUAUAAUUUAUCUCCAAAUAAAGUAAAGUGUAGCAGUAACUUUGAUAAUGCAAAUACACCAAACUGCUCCGAAGAUAAUAUGAAUAUAAAAAUUUCUGAUAAUAAAUUAUUAUACAAGGAAGCUCAGUAUAGUGCAUCAAAUGCAGAAGAUAGUCUGCUAGAUUUUAAAUCACCUAAAAAAAGAACGAUACAGAAAUCGAUUUUAAAUAAAUUUAAAAUUGAUAAUCGAGUUAAGAAAAAAGUUUUAAAAUCUAAAAAUCCACCAAAUAAUAAAUUGGAAAAAAAUAGCACCGAUAUAGUACAGCCAGCGAUAGAAUCUUCUUUUUUCAAACAACCGACUUGUAAUCAAAAUGAAGUUAAAAAACCAAUUCUAUGUCCUCUGUGUUUAAAGUUUUUUCAAGAUGAUGCUUCGUGUACUAGCCAUAUGAAAGCUUGUGCAAAAAAAAAAAAUGUUUCGCUUAAAGAAUUAUUUAAUGCUAAACAAUUACAAGAUCAAUUAAUAGAAGAGAAAAAAGCCAAAGGACUAUUAUUACCUAUGCCGAAUUUACCAGGAAAAAAGAAAGCUUAUCGCAGUAAAAAUUUUAAUACAGGGGAUGAUCCACAACUUCAACUUGUUUUAGCAAUGUCAAAGUCAUUAUAUCAAGCUCAACAAAUAGAAGAAUUAGAACACACUGCGUUAUUGACUGGUGUACCAUUAGAAUGUUUAAAAAAUAUGGCCGAUCAAGACGAUAAAAUAACAUUACAAAGCUUUGGUUUUACAACGAACAAAACAGUAGCCAAUAUUCCUUCCAAAUCAUCAAAAAAAAAAAAAUUACUUGGGCCCACAAUUUUAGAAACGCGAUCGAAAGAAGACAAAGAUCGUGUAUUAACAGAGAAAAUAGCUGAUGUUUUAACAGAUAACGAUAUUAUUACACAAUCUCAAGAAAACAUAGGAUUAAUUUCACAAUUAAGAUCACCAACUAUUCUGAAAAACAAAAAUCUACAAGAAAUUGAGCAAGUGAACAACAAACUGUGGGACAAAAGUAAAUUAUUGAGAAAAUGUGAUUUUUAUGUCAAAGAAUUGAAAUUAUAUUUUUUACCAGAUGAAAACAAAUCGAGUAAUGGCAGAUAUUCAUAUAAUGAUAUAAACGAUAUUCAAGAAGAUAUUUUAUCAAAUAAAUCAGUGGUAUACGAACCAAUAGAAGAUAUUGUAUAUAAGAAAAAUCAAACUGAAUCAAAAAAAUUACUAAAUAAUUUCGUCAUUAAUAAAUCUAAAAAUGAAUAUACAAAACAGGACAUUAAAACAACCAUUGCUUAUAAUUGGGGAGAAAUUUUAAAUGAUAGUACUGAAAGUGAUAUUAUUAUUUUAGUAAAAGAUAAUAGAUACGUUUAUGCUCAUAAAUUAGUAUUCUAUGCGCAAUGCAGAAAUAUUUUGGCUGAUUUAGUGCCAAAUGAUUCAAAUACUCAUCCUCAUAUAAAAAAUAAAAUAUCUUGGAAUAAGAAUGAUCAACUUUCUGCUCUAGCAUUUUUAGAAUUCAUCUAUAGCGGUGAUAUUCAUAAAAAUAUAAUAGUUUUUGAUAAUGCUACUUUGAUGCUCCAAAUUAAAGAACUAGCAAAAUUAUAUAAAGUGCAAAGUUUGUUUUUAUAUUUAAAUGAACAACACGACAAAAUUAUAUCUAGAAAAUUGAAUGAUUUUGAUGAAAUCGAGGACAUUGAUAACAUCUAUAAUUGCGAGAGUAAUGUAAAUACUAAACAAGUUUCACCGAAUGUAUCAAUAGACGAUAUUAAAACAACUGUUUCUCCUGAAAUACAAAUAAUAGAAACAAUAAACUCCCCAAGAAAAUCUGAUUUACCUAUGUAUCCCGAAGAAUCUGAAAAUAUAAAUGAUAACAUUACUAAAUCAUUUGCAAAAAAUGAUUUUGAUAGACGAAUUACGGAAUCUCCAGAUUUAUUUGAGUCAGAAAAUGAGGCAGAAAUUUACUCUUUCGAAAUUCAAGAAAGUAACCAAACAGUAAAAAAUAUUAAAAAAAACUCUAUAAAUUUGUCUCAAAAUAUUGACAGUUCAAGUCCUAUAAAUGAGAAACCUUUUAGCCCUUCGUCUAUAGAAAAUAUGCAUCGAGCCGUAACUCCAACACUAGUAUCUCCAAUUAAUUGCGAUGAAAUCAUUUCAGAAAUGAUUAAAACAUCAUCUCCAGAAUGUAGAUUAUCGGAUAAAUUUUCACAUUUUAUUUUAAUAAAAGAUGAAUCUGAAAGUGAUCAAAUAACUGAAGCUAUAUCUCCGGAGCAUAAUAUAUCAUCAGAGUUAAACGACUAUAUUACACCGAAAAAAUUAGUUCAUAAAGGCAAUCCACCGGAUGAUAUAUUAGAUGAAAUAAGAACUAAAAAUAACAGUUUAAUAAAUGCUUCAUUAACUUCUUCAAAAUCGAAUGACAAUAAUUUUAAAUCAAAUAAACAAAAUGUGUAUAAGCUUAAAAGCAAUUUAAGCUUAUUUAUUGACAAAGUUCAUAAAAAAAAUGCUAAAGGCAUUUUUGAUACAGAUUCUGAAACAGAUAGUCCAGACUUUAAUGUGAAAAAACAAAAUCCCUUCCUUAAAAACUAUCAAAAUGAUUCUUUUACAUAUUUAUUGAAUGAUAGAAAUAAAAGUCGAGUACAUAAAAAAGCUAUCAGUAUGAUUGAAAAUGAUGUAUUAGAAGAAGAAAAUUUAAAUAAAAUUAAUAAGAUUAAGUAUAAUGCUGAAUCUGAAAAGUAUAAAAGAUUUUCAAAUGGUAAUGAAAUGUGUAACUUAAAUGAAUUUUCGGAUCCAAAUUUCCAAAUUGAUUUGGGUGAUAAAUGUACAAAAAUAAGUAGUUCAAACAUAAUUAAAAACUCCACUUUAUCAUCGUCGGCGAGUGACGAUGAACUUGAAAAUACAACUAUUAAUGAAACCAGAAUGUCAAUGUACUCAAAGUAUAAAAAAUUAAACAAAUAUAAUAACAGCAUAGAUAAAUAUCGCAAUAAAUUAGAUUUUAAUAUUUCUUCCAAUAUUCCAAAAGCAAUAUUAUCACAAAGCCCUAUUACUAAUGAUAUAAGUCUUUUUUAUGAUUCAGAUAAUGGGGAAUUACAAAAAAGUCUUAAAACAAUAUUGAAUGAAGAAAACGUCUAUAACAAAAGUGACUUAGUUAAAAACAUCAAAGAAAAAAAUAAUGGAUUGAAAUUAUCAAAUAGUAAUUUAUCCAAUAUUGAUAGUAAUUUGGAUAGUUUAAUUAAUUAUAAAACGAUCAAUGAAUCAUCGACAUCUACAACAAAAAACACAACUACUUUAAAAGACAAUAAAGAGACUAAAAUUAUUAACUCAAUUUUGAGUUCAGAUAAAUUAGCAUGUAAUAUAAUAGAAACUAAAAAUAACUUAACGCAAAAAAAUAAUGAAAUUAUACAGGAGAAUCGUCUAGAGGUAUCACAACAACAAAAUGACAAUGUUGAUGCUGAAAUUAGAAAGCUUUGUCAGUCAAAGACGUUUUGCCCAGCUAAGGGUAAAACUUUACUGGCAUCGAAAAUUUAUUGUCAAGACUCUAAUCAAGAAUUUACUUACAAUGAAAAUCGGUCAAGUCAAAAUAAAAUUAUAAAUCUAAGCCCAAUAUCAAUUAUUUCUAGCCCAGAACACAGUAUAUUUGACGAUAUAUUAAAUAAAUCCAAUAAAACAGACAUUGAUUUGGAAAUACUCGAAAGUUCGGAUAAUAAACAAAUUGUCGAGUUUAAUUCAGUUGAUUUUAGGUACACUAAUGAACAAGAAUUUAAUAAAUGUGCAAAUAUAAAUGAAUCUUUCGCCUCGCAAAGAAAUAUUAAUCAAAAUGAAUUAUGGAACGUAAAUACAAGUUCAAAUAUUUCUAAUAGGGAAUUAAAUAAGCAAUGUUAUAUUUCGCCUAAGCCUAUAAAAUCGCAAACGUCACAUGCAUCGCAUAUUAUAUCUUCGCCAAUUUUGUGUCAAAACAGGCAAAAUUCUAAAACAAUUCGCAUUCCAUCUUCUAAAUUUAAUUCAAAUCAAGAAAAACGUAUUGAAUUACCUAUGCAGCUUUCUGAAAAAACUAGAAAACUCAAAGUGAAAUCUGUAUCGACUUGUAAUUUUAAUGAAAAAGAAUAUAAAAAGUGUAAUUUACAAAAAUCAUCAUCGUUUGAAACUCCAAAACGAAAUAAGAAUUUUUUACAAAUCUCCAGUCAAGCAAACAUAACACCACCUAUAAAUUAUAAUUUAUUAAAAACACCUGAUUUAGAAAAGGAAUUAAAGAAAUUUGGAUUAAAACGUCAAUCUCGAAAUAAAGCGACACUUUUGUUAAAUCACAUUUACAAUCAAACGCACCCAACAGUUGCUUUAUCACAGAAACGAGUUUCAAUCUUUGAUUCUUCAAGCGAUGAAGAAUAUCUGUUUAAAAAGCAAAAUUUAAGAAAAAAAUUUAAAAGCAAUAUCUCGAAAAAUAAUGAAUCAAAAUUAAAUAAUUGUUCAAUAAGGGCAGAUAAAAUACAUAACAAUGGAUCCUAUAUUACCGCCACAUUAGAAAGUACUUUAAGUAUUAAAGAAGCUUUUUUUAGACUAAUCAAGUCUAACAAAGAAUUAUACACAAAAGUUUUAAUGUACAAACCUCUACCACUAGAAUCUUUACAUUCAAUGUUGAAAGAAAAUGGAUUCAAAUGUAAACUGAAAGAUUUGAUGAAUUUUCUUGAUGAACAGUGUAUAACUUUUCAAGGACAGACUGACAAAGGCAAUUAUAUGAAAAAUAAAUAAGACUUAUCAUUAAGAUUUGUACACAUAUAAAAAUGAUUAAUUGGCAUAAGUAUAAAUAAUUAGAAUCAUGAAAA